UGUGGGGAUUGGAAUGCUACAAUGUAACAGUCGGAACUGGAAGCUCGCGGAUUAAAGUGCUGGAAUGUAUCAUUCGCGUCAGAUACGCGCUUUCAGGGUAACACGAGGAAUGAAACCUUGACGAUUUGUUGUUUUAUUUUUAGACAACUCUAUAUAAACGCAGGGUUACAAAGGCAGCCAACCUUCGCGCGUCAACAUUGUGGAUUUAUCAAAGCAAAAUAUGUAAGAAUACACGAAUUUGUCGGGAUUUCGUGUUUUGGGAACUUUCUACUCAAAAGCCACACGCAUAUGAGAUGUCACCGAUCUCCAGUCUAUCCUUGGUAAUGGACAUUAACCAUCUAUAUCUGACAUCUGAAUGCUGCUGCUUGUAAAUUCUCCAGACUGGAUUUCGAAAACACUUCUUUUGAAGUACUUUCUGAUGGAUCGCGUAUGUCAGCAGUUUGGAUCAACAUUUCUAAUAUGAUAAUACCAGGCACGAGAGAGGACAGAGCAAGAUCCAUAUAAAGGGUUUAGUUUAAAUCGCCCACAUGCGCUGGAUUUGGGAUUGGAAUCAGAAGGUGGAAGUUGAGAGCAUCAAAUCCCUGCAGGUUUGUGGAAGAUGCUGUCAAGCUGGAGUUAAGAUCUUUGGAUUCAUCAGCAAACACCUCCAUCUGGUUCAAAGGACACAUGCAGGCCAAACAACGCUAUUUAUUUCUCUUCUCCGCAGGCUUAUGCAUCAUUCUGCUUUUUUACCUGCAAGGACCAGCAUUCAGGAGUCCAGAAAGACGGGAUGACAACCAUUCACUCUGGCCCCACUUCUCAGGUCCUCUACGAGCAUUCAUUCCCUGGGACCAGACCGAGACGAAAGACUAUAACAUCCGCACAUCUCCGAGAAACAAGAGAGAUGACAGCCCGGGAGUUUACAAGUGCAGAAUGGACUCUUGCUUUAAUUUCUCCUUGUGCAAAAGGAAUGGCUUCAAAGUUUACGUUUACCCUCAACAAAAGGGCGAGAAGAUCUCAGAAAGCUACCAGAAUAUUUUAUCCUCCAUUGAGGCGUCCAGGUUCUACACAUCUGACCCGGCUCAAGCUUGCCUCUUUGUUUUGAACUUAGACACCCUGGACAGAGACCAGCUGUCUCCACAGUAUAUACACAACCUCAAAACCAAGAUCCAGAACUCGAACCUGUGGAAUAACGGGAUGAACCAUCUCAUAUUUAACCUGUACUCUGGGACGUGGCCUGAUUAUACAGAGGAUUUGGGUUUUGAUAUCGGCCAAGCCAUGUUGGCCAAAGCCAGCAUCAGUACGGAAAACUUCAGACCCAAUUUUGACAUCUCCAUCCCCUUAUUCUCCAAAGAUCACCCCAGGACCGGAGGUGAAAGGGGGUAUUUGAAAUAUAACACAAUCCCUCCCUUUAGGAAGUAUAUGCUGGUUUUUAAAGGCAAGCGCUAUUUGACUGGGAUUGGGUCUGAUACCAGGAAUGCCCUGUAUCACAUCCAUAAUGCAGAAGAUGUGGUUCUGCUCACCACAUGCAAACAUGGGAAAGACUGGCAAAAGCACAAAGACGCUCGCUGCGACAGGGAUAAUGCAGAAUAUGACAAGUAUGAUUAUAAAGAAAUGCUGCACAACUCCACAUUCUGUAUGGUUCCUCGAGGACGUCGCUUGGGCUCCUUUCGGUUUCUGGAGGCUCUACAGGCUGCUUGCAUUCCCGUCAUGCUCAGUAAUGGAUGGGAGCUUCCCUUCUCCGAGGUCAUCGACUGGCGUACGGCUGCCGUCAUUGGAGAUGAGAGACUUCUUCUGCAGAUCCCAUCUACCGUGCGCUCUAUCCAUCAGGAUUGCAUACUGUCUCUCCGGCAGCAGACGCAGUUCCUGUGGGAAGCCUACUUCUCUUCUGUUGAGAAGAUUGUGCUCACUACAUUGGAGAUCAUUCAGGAUCGAGUGUUACAGCACAACGCCCGCAGUACACUCAUGUGGAACCGGCAGCCGGGUGGACUCUUCACUCUUCCUCAGUACUCAUCAUACCUGGGCGAUUUUCCCUUCUUCUAUGCCACAAUGGGUGUGAAACCACAGCAGAAGUUCACAGCUGUCAUUCAUGCCGUCACACCUUUAGUGUCUCAGUCUCAACCCAUAUUCAAGCUGUUAGUGUCUGUGGCCAAAUCACAAUACUGCUCUCAGAUCAUUGUCCUGUGGAAUUGUGAUAAACCUUUACCUGCUAAGCACCGCUGGCCCUCCACAUCUGUCCCUGUUAUUGUAAUCGAGGGUGAAAACAAGGUGAUGAGCAGCCGCUUUUUGCCCUAUGAUGUCAUCAGUGCAGAUGCAGUGCUGAGUCUGGAUGAAGAUACGGUGCUUUCAACCACUGAGGUGGAUUUUGCCUUUACUGUUUGGCAAAGUUUCCCAGAGAGGAUUGUGGGAUACCCAGCACGAAGUCAUUACUGGGAUGUCAACAAAGAGCGUUGGGGCUACACGUCCAAGUGGACCAAUGACUACUCAAUGGUGCUUACUGGAGCUGCUUUCUACCACAGGUAUUAUAACUACUUGUAUACCCACUACCUGCCGACCAGCUUGAGGACGAUGGUUGAUCAGCUGUCUAACUGUGAAGACAUCCUCAUGAACUUCCUCGUGUCCUCUGUCACUAAAAUGCCUCCUAUCAAAGUCACUCAAAAGAAACAGUACAAGGAGACAAUGAUGGGACAGACCUCACGAGCAUCACGCUGGGCGGAUCCCGACCACUUCACCCAGCGGCAGACCUGCAUGAACACAUUUGCCAGCUGGUUUGGCACGAUGCCUCUGGUGCAUUCACAGAUGAGACUGGAUCCUGUUCUGUUUAAAGACCAGGUGUCAAUCCUGCGCAAGAAGUACAGAGACAUCGAAAGACUCUAACGAAACUCGGAUCACCUUCCCUUUGAAAAGGGAUGAAAAUACAGGAUGUGGAAAGCCCCAGAACCCUGCGCCAGAUAAACAGGGCAUGAAGGGGGGCAUUGAAUCCUUCAGGGAGAAGCAAAUUAAGAUGGGGCAAAGUGUUGAGCUAGAUGAAAUACAGAUGCCGUAACAUCAUAAAGGUUUGGCGAAGUAUUAAAAUUAGGUCGUGGUUACGUUGAUGUUAUUUGGCGUUCAGCACAACACAAAGACCAAAAGCCAUUUGUGGCAGCUUUCUGUCUUCCAAGCCCCCUCUUGUGAUGCUUUGCCAAUGACAAUGGUGACCAUGGCAACCCACGCCGUGACGGGAGCCGUGCACACUGAUCCACACGUCAGAGUCGAAAUAUGAAUUACUGCACAUCUGGAACAGACUGGUGGUCUUCGUAAUAGACCCCUAUUGUAAAGCCUGGCCGGAGGAGUCAGAAGGUUACCUGCGAGUUAUUAAUGCAUAUUUAUUUAGUUUGCCUUCUGUUAUUGUGGCAAGUGUUACUCCCCUUUUAAAGACGCAGGGCAAUGUCCUGAAACGGUGCGUGCGAGUCCUUCACGCCGGUCACAGUGCCUGAGCUUUCAGAUGAGAGGUCUGAGAGUCCCAAGGGGUUUUGUAUGAAUGCACAAACACCUUGUUCAUGCUGCUUAUAUCUGGAUAUAGUGUAAAGAAAUAUGUUUUAAAGGGGUCAUAUGACGUUUGCUAAAAAUAAUUUUAUUUUGUGUAUUUGGUGUAAUGCAAUGCAAACACAUGAUUUUCCACAUACAGUGCAUUUUUGAUGCUCCUUAAACACUUCAAUUUUUACAAAUCUGAAAAGUGUGCUGUGAUUGGCCUGCUAUCCGUUACUUUGCGAUUGCGUAUGACGGAAAUGUUACGCCCCUUACCAUAUUUGGAAUAUCAUGUUCCGAACACUACAACGAUAAUAAAAGUCACGCCUUCUGUCUUUGCAUAUACAUUUGGGCGGUGUUAUGCAAAUCUUCCCACACAAUGAUGUAGAUAUGUGGGGGCGUGUUUGAAUGAGCCGUUUUAAAAAGGCGUGGAUGAACCUUCAGUUUCAGAAAGACUUUACGGAUCUUUUUUAUGCAAAGUUUUAAAACUCCAAAUACAAAGGAAAACAUGAAAUUGCAUCAUAUGACCCCUUUAAAUUUGCCUAAAGGUAAAUUUCCUUUAGCCUUUAAUUUUGUAUUUUAGAUGAUUAAGACCCAGUGCCACAAGCUUGUCUUGUGUUUUUAUCUGGUUUAAAAAGUCUUACGAGUGCCAUGGCAUCUUGCUGGCCACGUGCACACCGCAGCUAAACACAGCGAUUACUUCUUCUAGUUUAAAAUCAGCAGAAUAAACAAAAAAUACUGCAUGUGUUGACACACACCAAUACGUCUGCAAUCACCACAUUUCUUGUUUACACACUUGAGACGCCAAAAUUAAUUUAUAUGCCACUGUUUCCCCGAAACUUUUACAGUUUAUAUUUUUCAGUAACUCAAGUCUAAGCACAAUAAAACACUAAUUUUGUGUAAACACAACAAAUAGAUGAAUGAAUGAAAUCGAAUGGAUUGUGGGGUUAAGAGAGGGCAUCAUUUAUUCACAGCUUCAGGACCAAUCAAAUAAAUCUUUCAUUCAUUUUCAGUUUUAUUCAUUUUCUGAAUUAUGAAUUUGGAUUAAUAGUGGCAAAUCAUUUUGAAGUAAUGGAUAUACAAAAUGUGAAGUGAUUGGAUGAAUGAAUGCUGUUCGGAAGGUGUGAUGCGAUAAAUUUGUAAAACCCAUUGGCCAGAAGGUUUCGCUGGAUCUAAAUGUGUCCCUAUUGUGCCAUUUAAUCUAUAUCUACAACAUUUACCCUGUUAAGUAACAUGAUUUAGUAUUAUACAAUAUAGGAAUGGGUGGUAUGGCAGUAUGUAGUGAUCAUUUGUUAUUUGUAAAUGUGAGUGUAUUGAGUUGUGUAUUGGAUUUUUCAAUUCUUGGGGUUUGCAUUCAAAAGAGGAAAUAAAUAAAUGAUAUUUUGGUGUAAACGAUUUCUUGUCCAAAAAUAACCACCAAGACUAUUUAAUAUAUAUAAGCAAUUCUUUAAUCAUUAUAUAUAAUUACUCGUACUGUAAUUUAAUACUUUGUCAUACCACCCACCCCUAUAAUACAUUUUUAUCUUUUAUGUUUUGCUUUGUCAUCUAAGACUAGCAUAUUAGAAACUGGAUUUUGGAGUCUCUCUGAGGGAUUUUACUGUUUUAUAUUAUUUUUUAAUUUUUUAACCAGUCAAAAAAGGACGAAUCCAACCCGUUGGGUUGUAAUUUAACCAAUGCUGUUGUUUUAACCCAUUAUUCAGGGUUCCCACGGGUCUUUGAAAUCCGUGAAAUUUGUGAAUCUGGGGAAAAAAUUCAAGGCCCUGGGAAGUUUUUGAAAAUAUAAAUACAUAGAUACAGGUCAUUAAGUGCUUGAAUCUAUUUUAUGCAAAAAAAUCCAUAUUAUUUCCUGUGUAAUGUCAAAUAAUAUCAUAAAAUUUCUAGACGUUUUAAGCACACGUGCUAAACUGUUCACUUUAAAUGCUUAUAUCUUCUGUAUGCAAAUGUUGAUUCAUACCAAAAUGCUUUUUUGCAUAGUUGUGUUUGACACAUGAAAACGUCUCGGGUUACGUAUGUAACUGUUGUUCCCUGAGAAGGGAACGAGACGCUGCGUCUCCCUUGCCAUACUUCCUGCGUCCCUGUAACACCGUCUUUGGCAAUAUUUCAGAUAGCGAUAAACUUCCUGGCUCCCGCAUCACCCUGUCUUUGUCGUUAAGCCUCACCAUUGGUUGAAUUUGAUAUACACAUUCAGACACACUUACCCUUGGAGGCGUCCCCAAAGCGUCACCGCAGUGACGCAGCGCGAGUUCCCUCGAAAGUGAACUGUAACAAUGCAUCAUUAAAAGGUAACACGAUGUAACCUUGCUCUCACUUGAAAUGAGUCCCCACAUUUAGUCCUUGAAUUUGAGGGCACUGGACCUGGAAAGUCCUUGAAAAGUCCUUGAAUUCAAAGUUAACUAAAGUGUGUGGGAACCUUGGUAUUGGGUCGAAUAUAAAUUUUUUUGCUGGGGAGUAUAAGGUGAGGAAUUGACUACAGAUAAUAAAGAAACUAGUCUGAUCUCAGUAUUAUUAAAAGCACAUGGUUCAGAUGUUGGAAUUCCUGGUAAAGGUCUGGUAGAGUUAGUUAUGUGGUUGUUGCACGAGAUAGCAGCCACGUGUACGCUCUAAACAAAUGUUAAAAUGUUGCGUUGGUAAUAUUUGACCCAACAGUGAGUUAAAACAACGCAGCUUUUUGGGUUGAAACAACUCUGCAUAGAUUAAAUUACAUUCUUACGUGUUGGGUUCGCCCCCUUUUCACACAGCGUUGGGUGCAAAAUAACCCAGCAUUUUUUUGUAUAUCAGCUGUGAAAUGUUAUUGAAUGUGUGCAAGACCAUGACAUCGAGUAACAUCAGUGAAUGACUUUAAAACAAUGACUUUGGUGAUGUAUAUCAGGAUCAAGACUCACAUGUGUCCUGUCAAAGCUUUUUCUUUGUCUUAAAUCAAUGUGCCUUUUCUCAGCACAUCUCUUUGUUAUUUUGUUCACCUUUUUUCUGUUCUUGUCUGCUAACGGCACAUAAUCUUGCUUUCUUUGUCAAACACUGGAUUUUUAUGACAAUAGUUAUAGUAAUCGAAAAACAUCUGAUGUGAAGUAAAUGGCCGUUUAAAGCCUGUGAUGGGUCGAGAGGUCUUUACUCUGAAUGGUUACGGUUCUGACAUUCCUGCGGUUUUGUAGGAACAUCUUGCUUUCGCACGGCCUUGUGUUUGUACAUGUAUUUACCCGACAUGAGGACUUCAUUGUUCUCAUUUUCUUUGUUUCUUUGCUUUGUCCUUGGACCCUGUAAAGACUUUAUUUUACAUUAUUAUGAUGAACAAUAACAAGAUCAGAUUUUUUAAGAUAUGAAAAAUGGUUUUAUAAAAAAUAAAUGAUAUUUGAUAACUGC